CUCUCUGCUCCAUUCACACGCUCAUCUGCACGCAGCUACUCAUUGACAAACGAGAGCUUCCAGUUCAUUCAUAAGAGCUGCGCGGAGAACAGCAAAGGAGGAAAGUUGUCAAGGGAAGGACAGUUGGCUUCAGAUGUUUGACUUGGAGUGAAAACAACAGGACUUAAACUAUUUGGGAUGUCCCAUGUUGCAUGCUGUCUCCGUCUUGGGUCCCAUCAACCGAUUUCAUCAGGACAUCGUACAACCGAACGCUAACCAGUAGUCCCAGCAUGCUGAAGCGCACCAAAUACAGCCGUCUGCACAACGAUUCAAGGACCUCUCUGGACAAUUGGUCUCUUUGCUUGGACUCUGACUUUUCCCAUGAUCCACCGAGGGAUUUCGUACACGAUGUCCCAUCGCAAAUUCCCCCGCACGGGCUAAGUGGGCCCCGAGUGGCUGGAAGCAUUGAUAGGCACCCUGAGUGGAGUGUGCCCAAUUCCCCAAAACGACCGAUCACUUUCCAUUGCAUGUGUAGCUUUCCCAAGAUGUCCAACUGUCUUUGUUGCCCUCAACACAAGUGCAAGCAGUGCUCUUCAGUGGUCCAUAGAGUGGUCCACCAUCACAUCAAGUAUAUGGGUAGUGUGGAGGUGACCCAAUCCAUGAGAACCCUCGACUUUGAUACAAGGAAACGAGUAACACGACACACACAAAUGUCGAAGCACAAAGAGCUUUGCACCAAUGAGCCUUUUUUUCUGUGUCAUUGUCAGCCUGAACACAAGCAGCUAUCUUGCGUUCUGGGUCGCAGCAACCUGCAGUUUUCGGGCAGGCGGGUCAUCUUCAGCGUCUCCGCAGACACACUCACUCUCCUCGCGGCGUCCUCGCAGAGAAUCACCCAGCACUCCAUCCAGGCAAUUUCCUUCGCCUCCGGGGGAGAUCCAGACAUGGAAGACUACAUUGCCUAUGUAGCCAAAGAUCAAGUCAGUCAAAGAGCGUGUCACAUCCUGGAGUGUCCUCAAGGCCGAGCAGCAGAGGUCAUCCAUAGCAUUAGUUGGGCCUUUGAGUCUCGCUUCAAACAGCUUCUUUGUCACGCGCCAUCACUCAUCUCUGCUGAUCCCAGAUCAAAUCAAAGAAUGUGCAACAAAUGGAUCCCAGAUGACAAUUUCAUGGGACCGAAAGAUGUCGAUGAGGAUGACGAUGGUGAGAACGGCGAUCAUAAUCACUACUACAAUGUGACUCCAGGGAAGAUGCCACCUUUUGGUGGAGUAGAGGACCUGUGGGUCACAAGGGCAGAGAAGGAAAAGGUUGGUUCCGCUACUUCUGUUAAACUCUAUGAGAAUUGUUCCAUCACACUGGAUACAGAUGCUCUAACAACAGACCCUUUACAGUCUGAGAUGAGGAGUAUACAUUGUUCUCUUCCUUGUGGAACAUACAUCCAGAACCUGAUCCAGGAGGAGGGUUGGUUUCAUGGCAGGUUAAGAAGAGAGCAGGCCGAGUCACUUCUGUCUUGUGAUGGAGACUUCCUGGUCCGAGAGAGCAGCUCGGCUUGCGGUCAAUAUGUGCUCAGUGGGAUGGAUGGAAGCACGGUUCGACACCUAUUGCUGGUCGAUCCACACGGCCAGGUUCGGACCUGUGACCAGGUUUUUCGUAGUGUGGGUCACCUAGUCCGGUUCUACAUGCGCAGCCAGAUACCCAUCAUGACCGGAAGCAACCAGCUUUGCCUCAAACAGCCAAUCCUGCGGAAGCAUUAACAUAAACAUGGAGGCGCAUCUGCAUCUCUAAUGGCUAUAUGGACAUAUGUUUGACCUUUUAUUCCAUAUCCUUCAUAUCCAGCGCAAGGUCUAUGUGUUAGUGAGGAUAAGCGGUUCAGAAAAUGAAUGGAUGUCUAUUAUCUAAGUAACUCAGAAUUACUUUAAAUGUUUGGUCUAUAUUUGGUGAAUUACCAGGAGAUACCGCGGCACAUCUACUUGAUUCGAUUGGAGUCUACAUAUAGGUCAUUUGAAACUCCGUUAAAGGUACAACAUGCCUUCCUCUGCACAGUAUUUAUCACAUCCACUUUGUGCCUGUCUGGCUUUCUAAGCACAAGCACCAGUGUUUUUAUGUCCCAAGGUAUCCAGAAUGUAUGCUAGUUUGGUCAUGCAUUUCAAAAGCAGUGGAGAAAAAGGAUGAUUGUAAUUUUUCAGAACGCCAGUUCCUAUCAAAUUCCCGUUGGAAAUAAUGUGAAUGGUUUCUUGAGAUGGUGUAUUUUAGAGUUUAGCAAGGUAUAAUCAUCAUAAUUAUAAAUGAUAUUCGAUCAUAUCCCCCUCCGUAUGUGUUACAAAAAUGGAAGGGGGUUAUUAUUAUUCAAAUGUCUAGGGACGGCAAGAGAUCACUGUCGGUGUCAUAGAAUUAUAUUUUUAAAGAGAACCUUCAAAGCUAGCAUUGCCUUGAUUGACCGUUCUGAUUUUCCAUUAUAUUCUAAAUAACUCUAUUUGUAAUGCCCUUUGUCUUUGUGAUAUAAUGCACAGCUUUGUUGCUCCUGUUUCAUGUUGUUGUCAUUGAAAAAAAUGCUCUUGUAUCGCUUUCCUUUGAUGAAGCCUUUGCCUCGCAGAAAAGUGAUCAUUAUAUUUAUGUAGUUAUAAUUAUGUUAUAAUUAUGUAGUGCAUGAUUGGAAAAGAGUUUUUGACAAAAUCAUCUUUGUCCGAAAUACAGGAACAUGCACUCAUUGUGUAAAUUAUUUAAAAUACUAAAUAUCUAAAUAGCAACCCCUAAAAUGCUCACCUUUAUGACCAACCUACAUGUUAAACAUAACAUAAAACAAGUUUUACAGCAUUUUUUUGUUUGUUUUGCUGUAAUUUUGAAGUUGUCUUCUGUAAGUGCUGGAACGUGUUUUAUCACAGAGAUAUUUUAAAUAGCAGUACUUCUGUUUUUCAUAUUGUAUCAAUGUUUUCAGCUGUAAUGGAGUGGGUUCAUCAAACCAGUGCAACCUUGUUACUCAUGUUACCAGAAAAAGACUAUUUGUCUAUUCAUGUCAGCGUUUUAGCUACAUUUGUUCUUGACAGGUUAGCACAGCAUCUAGCAAAGGUGGAAUAUUGCCACACUUGAGCAAAAAAA